GAGGGGCUGCUCGCUGGGGUGGUGGUGGCGGCGGCGGCGGCGGCAUCUGGGUGCGUGUGCGUGGGGAGAGGGAGGUGGGCGGGCGGCGGCGGCUGCUUUCCUCCUCAUCUGCAAAGGGGCGGCUGCUCUCACCCCCACCGCACACCCAAUCCCGUUGCCCCGUAACUCUCCUUCCUUCCAGUGCUCACCAAGUUGUUUAUUUGCCUCGCUUCUUGCUGGAGCGAUGGAAGUUGGCGGUUAAAGGAGCCCCAGCGCCCCCACUGGAUAAGUAUUAAAAUAAUGGAGCCCAAAGAAUCAUUAACAUCCUCAGGAGGGGAGGAAGCAGGGAAAAGUGCUCACUUCCGUGACAAAGGAGGGAUUGUGAUAGACUUUCAUCCACCCUUUAGGGGUGGAGCUGUCAAGACUCCUGCAACUACAUCUCCCUUGCCCACCUCUUCUCAGUCUGACUCCAAGCAACAGCCUGUUCUGUGUGACUUGUCAAAGGGAGUAGGAAGCAAUGUGCCACAGCCAGAUCUCUCCAAAGCAGUGUCACUGUCAAUGGGAUUGUAUAUGGGUGAGACAGAUGCAAAAGUGAUGGGAAACGAACUUGGAUUUCCACAGCAGGGCCAAAUCAGUCUCUCUUCAGGAGAAACUGAUUUCAGGCUUCUUGAAGAAAGCAUUGCAAGCUUGAAUAAGUCUUCUAGUUUGGUAGAAAGCUCAAAGGGUGCACCAUCUGUUGAUGUACCCCUAGAGACAACGUUCCCAAGCAUGGCUAGUCAUGAUCUCACUUUAGAGCAAGGGGCUUUAGUGCAAGGCCAGGUUGGUACCAAUGGUGGUAACUUAAAGCUGUUUCCUGAAGACCAAAGCACCUUUGAUAUUCUGCAGGAUUUUGAAUUGCCCCCUGUAUCUCCAGGAAAAGAAACAAAUGGAAGUCCUUGGAGAAUGCUGGAUGAAGGUAGCUUGCUUUCACCUCUGGAUGCAGAUGAGGGUUUUCUCUUGGAAGGAAAUGAAAUGGAGGACUGUAAACCUCCUGUUUUACCAGACACUAAGCCUAAAAUUGAUGAGCAUGGGGAUCUUUUACCCAUUCCCACAAUGCAAAUACCACAAGUGAAGACUGAAAAGGAAGAUUUUAUUGAACUGUGUACCCCUGGGGUAAUAAAGCAAGAGAAAAUCAGCCCAGUUUAUUGCCAGACUAAUUUUUCUGGAUCAAAUGUGCUUGGAAAUAAAACAUCAGCCAUUUCUAUUCAUGGCGUCAGCACUUCUGGAGGACAAAUCUACCACUAUGACUUGAACACAGCAUCCGUCUCUCAACAGCAGGAUCAGAAACCAGUUUUUAAUGCCAUUCCAUCUCAUCCUGCUGGUUCAGAAAAUUGGAAUAGGUGCCAGGGAACUGGGGAUGAUGCUCUUAAUCCACUGGGAGCUUUUACUGGCAGACCCAUCUUCUCGAACGGCUAUUCAAGCCCUGGAAUGAGAUCUGAUGUAAGCGCUUCACCAACUACCUCCUCAACAACUACGGGACCACCUCCCAAACUUUGCCUUGUUUGCUCAGAUGAGGCUUCUGGGUGUCAUUAUGGUGUCCUAACUUGUGGCAGCUGCAAAGUAUUCUUCAAAAGAGCCGUUGAAGGGCAACACAAUUAUCUCUGUGCUGGAAGAAAUGACUGUAUAAUUGACAAAAUUCGGAGAAAAAAUUGCCCAGCUUGCCGCUAUCGGAAAUGUCUUCAAGCUGGCAUGAAUCUAGAAGCUCGAAAGACAAAGAAGAAGAUAAAAGGAAUUCAGCAGUCUAGCAUGACUGCAGGGAGGGAUACUGCUGAAAGUCCUGUAAACAAGGCUAUAGUUCCUGCCUCCUUGCCACAGCUGACACCUACCCUGGUUUCCCUACUGGAAGUAAUUGAGCCAGAAGUGAUGUUUUCAGGCUAUGACAGCACAAUACCAGACACAACUUGGCGUAUAAUGUCAACUCUCAAUAUGCUAGGAGGAAGACAAGUGGUUGCUGCAGUGAAAUGGGCAAAGGCAAUACCAGGUUUCAGAAAUUUGCACCUGGAUGACCAAAUGACCCUUUUGCAGUAUUCAUGGAUGUUUCUGAUGGCCUUUGCUCUAGGAUGGAGGUCAUAUAAGCAGUCUAAUGGAAGCCUGCUAUGUUUUGCACCAGAUUUGAUCAUUAAUGAGCAGAGAAUGAAUUUACCCUGUAUGUAUGAACAGUGCAAACGUUUGCUGAUAGUUACUAAUGAGUUAGCUCGGCUUCAAGUUUCAUAUGAAGAAUAUCUCUGCAUGAAAACUUUGCUACUUCUCUCUACAAUUCCCAAGGAGGGCUUGAGGAGUCAAGCCUUGUUUGAUGAAAUUCGUAUGACCUACAUCAAAGAGUUGGGGAAAGCCAUAGUGAAGAGAGAAGGGAAUUCAAGCCAGAACUGGCAGCGAUUUUAUCAAUUGACGAAACUUUUGGACUCCAUGCACGAUGUGGUUGAGAAUCUUCUAAGCUUUUGCUUCCAGACGUUUUUGGAUAAAUCCAUGAGUGUAGAGUUUCCAGAAAUGUUGGCAGAAAUCAUCAGCAAUCAGUUACCAAAAUAUUCAAAUGGGAAUAUCAAGAAACUCUUGUUUCAUCAGAAGUGACUGCCUUAACACAGAAAGAUUGCCUUAAGAAAAAAAAGUCAAAUUAUAGCUUCUUUUUUAUAAACUAAAAGACUUGUUAAUUUUGUCCUUGCAACUAUAUUGGGUGUUCUUGUUUUUGUUCUUGUAAUUAUGCACUACAUGUGGUUUACAGAGGGCCAAGACCUAGGUUUCAGAAGCAGACACCUCAAAAUGAAUGAUUACAGGAAGAAGGAAAAGAAAGAAAUAUGGGUUGGGAUUUUUCCUCCAUGUACACCAACAUAUUGGCAGUAUAAGAUGCACCAAAAUCAGCGGUGUAAAGUUCAGAAUCUGCAUUGUCAACAUUCAGCUAGGAAUUUAUGCAGUUGGCUGGAUAAAAUUUUCUAGGUUUAUGUUUUGGUAUAGAUUUUUUUUGGGGGGUGGGGGUAUAGUUGAGGUAGCAUUUUUGAUUUAUGCAUGUAACAUGAAGAAAGUUUACAACUGUAUAUCAGAAAAGGGAAGUUGUGCCUUUUAUAGCUAUUACUGUCUGGUUUUAGCAAUUUCCUUUAACUUUAUAUACAGUGAACUAAGCUUGCUCAUUUUUUCUUACAUAAUUUUUGUACAACUUCAAGAUGCCUAUUGUACAGCUGUUUUUUAAGGUGGGGCAGCUCAUAGCUUAAUUUCUAGAUAUUACUCUAAGUAUAUAUGUGUGAAUAUAGGGUGACUUUUCUAAUCUAAUCAAGACUGUCAUAAGUGACCCUAUUAAAUCUGCCCAAUAAAUUCAGCCAAUUCAGUGGGUGGGGGGAAGGAUAUAAACAAUGUCCAAAUCUAACCUGAACACUGGAAACAUACUAUUGAUACAUGUCAUGUUCUGUCUUAAACAGCUCUGUAUGAACACUUUUUUUUUUUUAACAAUAGCCUAGUUACUUGCAUUUAAUGCAAUAGCCAUAAUUAUAAGAAUCUUGGGCUGGAUUGACAGUAACUAUCAGUCUUGAGUGCCCAUCAGGAAACCUUCAGGAAAAUAUGCAUAAUUUUUAAAAAGUUUACUUAUAAAUGGAAAAAAUUACCUUUUUUCCAUAUUCAAUUUAUUGCCAUAUGUGUGUACUUUUGUGUGUAUUUGUGUAUAUUAUAUAUACAGCGGCCACAAUCCAGUGCAGCUGUAAUGUGCAAAACAAAAUUGAUGUGCACAGAAAUUGGCAUGUAUACUAUUUUCCUUGGACACAACUGUAAAACAGUAAAACCUAUGUUUUGGGGUUUUUUAUUAGGAUACUAUUAGUGACCAAUUAGUAUGUUUUUCAUAACAAAGUACACUUGCCUCUCUGGGGUUCCCCAAAUUGCUUGAUUGCAACCUGUGGACCCCAUACCAGAGAAAUAGGAAUCUGCAGUGUUUGACUUUACUCCACCUCCCAAGAUGGGAAUCAGCAUGCACAGCUCUUAUCAUCUGUUGGGAAGGUGAUGGGCAAUGCCAGCACUGAUAGAUCUGAUAGCACUUUUUCAUCCAUUGGGCAAUGAAUACCUAAUGCAGAAGUGCCCUGGGUCUUGAGCUCAAGAGGGCCUACCCUCCCAGAAACCUUUUGCACUAUCUAUAGAGCAGAUCAGCAAGCAGAAAGAAGCCAGUUUCUGCUCACAGAUCACUCUCACUGGAUUGGGGCAAAUGUGUACACACCUGACUCAUUUUUAAGUUGAUGGCUAAAUUUCCAUUGACAAUUAACAGUCAGGAAGUGUGUGUGUGUGUGAGUGUAUACACACAUAUACACACACACACGUAUACAUACUUUAUAUAGAGAUACAUACAUAUAGAUACAUAUAGAUACACAUAUAAAAUAUCACUGAUUUACAAAAUAGUUAUAAUUAUGCCCAGUAUUUUAUGUUUAUUGUAAUGAUUCUUAAAAGAUUUUGCUUCAAAUAAAAUUUUUACCUUUAUGCAGAAAGUAAAAUAGACCAAACUACAGAAGAUGAAAGCUCUUAUCAUGGAAAAUAAAAAUCCCAAACCUGUGUAUGUUUAUACACCCAUUUUCACUUCAUUUGUCACUGACUGGUUCACCCAUCUUGUUUCCUGGAGAACAGGAAUAUUCCGCUACUGAUCUAGUGGUUUAGAGUAGGUCUUAGUUUCUGUACAGCUCCAACCCUUCUGUAUCAAACUACUAGUGUGCCAUAAAACAACCAUGUAUGUCUUGUGAGUUUUUCCUUGUUGUCAUUAAAAAAACAAAUCAACUUGUAAGCUGUAGUAGCCCAUCCUCUGAGCACCUUAGGAGUUUUCUGAAAAUUUAAAAUGCUAUGCCACUCUAAAGAAAGGAAAACAUGAUGUUUGCUCUUAGUGGCUUAAAUCUUUCUUUGAAAGAAAAUAGUAGAGCUUAAAAAUCUAACAAGGUUAACAAUCAAAAUAUUAUAUGAAGCUACUAAUAUAUGUGUUUAGUUUAUACUUUCAAAUAUAUAUUGUUUAGUAGUGUUUGAUGAAAAGAAUGGAAGGGCUACUACAGCUUUAAAAGCAAUUUAUCAAAUUAUUGUAAAAUAGCUUGUAUAGUGUAUCAUAAGAAUGGUUUUUAGAUGACAGAUUGCUUUAUCAUGACUCGUGAUAUAUUUUUUCUAGGGGUCACAAAUGUGUUGAAUGGUAACCCAUACAAAUUGUGGUUUGUCUGGAAGUAUUAAUCCUGGCAGCAUUGUUCUGAAGUAUCUAAAGAGGUACUCUAGUUUUAUUAUGUGUGUUUCAUUUUGUUGUUUUUCUUCUUUUCUUUUUUAAAGUAAAAGGAAUUUACCCAUAUUCAGUGGGAGUUCUCUGGCUGAAACCUAAAUGAUUAAACCGCUGUAAGAAACCAUACUGGCUGGAGGUUGGCUAUAGUAAUCCAGCCUGUGUGCUUGGUUCCCUCACAUUCCAGGGUUCAACCUGCAGCAGCUGUGCAGGUUUAUUUGACCUCCACUGCAAAAAAUGUAAACUGAAGUAGUGUGUUCAUACAGGCAUUUGCCUAUGCAUACAGACCACUGGAUAUCUGGGGUUUUUUUUCACGUUCAGCCUCACAGAGCACAGCAAAACAGCUAGACAAAUUUGGCAAUAAAAUGCAUACAGGUACCAGCAAUAUGUAAAUAAUAGAGCAUAGGUUGUUCACAAUCUACUAAAUACAUUUCUAUUAUUCAACUAAAAAUGUUCCUGGUAAAAUAGAAAUUUUGCCUGAAAUAUUUUGUCUUUUCUUAAUCCUUUUUAAAUGCUAGCUCAUAAAAGAAAAUCCCUGGCUAUUGUAGUCAAUACUUGGGAGUAAACUCUCACACUUAGUAACAGUGAUUCUUCUUCUUUGUGGUCUCUGUGUAGCCUCACAUUUUGUGUGUGGCUGUUCUGCAGAACAUUUUGGAAGCCUUCCAGUGCUUAGUUGGAGAACUUGCUUCAGCAUUUCUCCAGUCUGUAUUGCUGUAUUUCUCUGACCAUCACCCAAGCAGCAUCACUGAGAAUGUUCUCCAGCAGAGCUCUUCCACAGGUGGACCAGCUCCCUCACUAGAGUUAUAGAGGGUUCUAAAAAUGCUCUGUGGCACACCACGCAACUGUGUGAUUGCAUCAAUCACCACUCAGAACACCAGGUUCAGCUAAGCAACUUGUCUUUCUUCUUGAAUAAGCUCUUAAAAGUAUGUAUGAUUUUUAACAGUUAACCUAAGCUUCAGAGAGUAUUUUAACAGUAGUUUGCAAACCAUGGGAUGAAAUGUGUAUUCUGCCUGUUUUUAGCUAAUGCUAAUAAACUCAAGUAUUUGGUUUCUAAAAGGUUCCUGAAAAGAGAGAGCAUGAGACCCUGUCCCUAUUUCACAGGAAAAUUUGUAAAGUUACACUUGGGAAGUGACAUGUAUUAAACAUUUUAGUCCCUGAUACCAAGUUUAAGAAAGCUAGCAGUGUGUGCAUGGACAAAUGUCUGUGUGGUUGUUUACCAAUAUAAUUGACGUAUACUGAAAUCAGUACUAUUACUACAUACAAAUAAGUACUUUAGCAGUGGGAAAGAGGCUCUAAUUUGUUUGAUUUCGUAUAUUUGUUCAGUUUGUAGACUUUGAUUUCACAUUUUUUAAAAAAUACAAUUGCUGAUUGUGGGAAAGAACUUUCAAUUUAAAUGUGCUGUAAAGGUUUUAAACUCAAGCCAUUUAAAGUACAUAAGCAUUCAACAAAAACAUAUGUUGUUUCUUGUCUGGCUAGUUUUCUUUUGUUUUGUUUUUGUGCUGGGGGAAUCGGCACUUCAAAUAAAAGCAGGGAAAAUUCUGACUUCUGCCUCUUCAGUGCCUUGCCACAUCAUGCUGACAUGGGAAUUAUUGGAUAGUCCCAGAUAUGCAUACCGUAUGUUAGAUUUUCACAUGGGAAUUAAUAGGAAUGGCCUCUCAUAGGAUAUUUUAGGGCUUGCAGAUUGAGAUAAGAAAUGUUACAGCUCUUGUAUCAGUAAAGAAAGGACUAGAACCCAAGGCCAUAAACCUGAGCACACUGAAGUAAAGACUAUUAAAAUCUGUGGGACUGACUUCCAAGUAAAUGUGCUUAGCAUCUUGCCAGCCAGAGUAAACCAAAAAUACAACAUUGAAUAGUAUUGAACGCAGCAGCAGUAGAAAGUGCGCUCAAAUGUGGGAAUGUGCCAACUUAACUUUAAAACCAUAGUCUCUUAGCUUUACACUGUAGAGACCAGCGAGAAGGCAGUGGGUGGAGAAAUGAGAACUUGGGCUAGUCCUGUCUCCCAUACACACGGUGAGGAUGUUUACAAAUGGUAAGAGCACCCAGAUCGUAGGAUAGAUCACCAUGCCUUCAUUGUGUGCAGUAUGCAGAAUGUUGAUGGGACAAUUCUAUGUGAUGAUGUACUCUGCUACUGGUCAUGCCAGUAACUUGACACACCUAUCAUUGCAAAAAACAAAAACAAAAAAAACAACCAUCCCUAAUCGGAUUAAAUGGUCAAAUUGAUCCCAAUUUGGGAUUUACUUUAAAAAAUUCUGACACCAAUUAAAUUACGAAAAUACAAAAUUGAAUUAGAGUAUUGUGUGGGGGUACAGCCAUACAAGAUAGUAUUUCAGGUCUGUAAAUUCUGUGGCCCCAACAGACCCCCUAAUACCUUAGAUGUUGAGUUUUGAGGGGGGAAGGCCACCUUUUCUUUAUACAAGUUAUAUCCACAGGUUCACUCUUGCAUGCAUAUGGUCCCGAAAUGAGCAAGCUACACCUUGUGCUAAAAGAAAAGUGAAAUUCCAGAGAUGUUAUUCCACUUGCCCAAGUGGAAAAGUGAGAAGUGCAGUAGAACCUACCUGUUAAAUUGGUGUGCAAGUCUUCCCCUAGUGCUUGCACAAGCAUUUUACAGAAGAGAGUUAGUGGCUGUUUUCAUUCAAGUCAUAGUUCUAGGAUCUAAACUUAAUUCUAAAGAUAUAAAUAAAAUCUUGAAUGGUUAGCACCAUAUGCUGGUGUAUCAGAAGUUGAGAUUGAAUGCAUCUGACACAUCAAGAAAAGUGUCUGCUCAAAAGGGGGCGGAAGGAUAGGAAUUGAAAUACCACAAAUUAGGGCCCCAUUAUUUUAGGAGAAUGAAGUGGCUCAAACUAGGGGGGAAGCAUUUUUAAACAUUCUAAUAUUCCUUUUUGCACAGUUAAUACUCCCAAAACAUAGGAGGGUUUAUACAUAUACUUUUGAGAUUGGUUGAAAAGCUUUGGUGUUUCAGCCAUGUACCUUGUAGAAAGGGACCAGCGUCUUAGCCCCAUUCAGACUUGAGCCUCACCCUCGAUCUGAUCCAUAUUGAAAUUAAUCAGACUGUCACCCUGAAUGUACACACAUUUUUAUUCUAUUCUACUGACAUUAUAUAGGGACAAUAUUUUCAGGCAAGGAACAGAGCCUCAUAUUACUGGAAGAUAUUAGAUGACCAUUUUGAGGCUUUGGUUUUCUGGUAAAAGGCUGCGUGUAUGGAAAAUACCCUUUUCCCACCACUCCAACAGGCUUAAUAGCACGGAUUCAAUAGUGUGUCAACAUUCUAUUUUGUAUAUUAUACAAAAGACAUAUAAUGGGGACAAAUCCUGUAUCAUGCUGGUGUAUGGCAUUAUUAAAAAGCUUUUUUCAUUAUUUUUAAUCACAGUAAUUUUAAACUGUGUAAAAAUUAAAACAAGUGACUCCUGUUUAAAAAUAAAAAGUUGUAGUUUUUUAUUCAUGCUGAAUAAUUCUGUAGUAACAGUGUCUUUUCACCUACUCAGUGAAAUGUUGGACUGUAAAAUCUUGUGUGGAACUGUUGAGCAUUUAUUUUUCAUUUUAAAUUUUUGCUGUUCUAGUAAGUUCAAAGCCACACAUCUGUACAGAAGUUGCAGUAAAUGAAAGUCAUUUACAGCAAUGCUGAAUCAUGGACAGAGAUGACAUAAUAAAAAUCUGCUUUUUCAUUACA